UAUACAUCACUCAUUCCAUAUCAUCAUAUAUAUAUAUAUACUAAUUAACUAUAUAUCUUCUAUGGUCCUUAGUUUUGAUUUCAGAUUGGCUGUUCUUGCAGCCCUUUUCCUGUUUGGGGCAUGGGCAUCUCAAGCCGCUGCCGAAUAUAACUUCAGGCCAGAGAGGCCAAUUAAACCUCCGCGUAAACAAUUCGGCAACGACAAUUCCGAGGUUGAAACUAAGACGGAGACCCCAGAGGUUAAUUCAUCACCGGCGCCGCCCACUAAGACUACACCACCGGCACCGGAUCAGAGUUCCACUCCAAUUCUUGAAUCUGUGGACCGGAUAGCGAAUCGUGCUGAGAUGAGUGAUUCUAUAGUCCAACCCCACUCUCAAAACUGCGGUGAAAGCAAGAGAUACAUGGGUGGGUGGUCACCGUUGGUAAUCGGAGCGGUGCUCUUUUAUCUGCUGCAACCGGGUCUGAUUUUCCAGUGGCCGGGAAACAAUCGAAAGUUGGAGUUCAAAACCGAGAAGACCAAUGGCAAGGCUAUGUUCAUUCACACUAUGAUAUUCAUUGUUAUCUACGUUAUUAUCAUCGCGCUCUCUCAUGGUAAAAUCUGAUCUAUAUGUACCCACUGAUUCAUAUGGCGUCUGAAUUUUUAUUUUUAUGUUUUUUGGAUUCUACAUUCCAAUCCAUCUAAUGUACCGAUAAAUUUAUGUUGUUCCGCAAGCUCAUCCUAAUUGAUCAGGCUAUUGAAUUAGUAAUCACAAGUUACAA